AUGGAGUCCCUGCAGCUCAAGGCUAGGCUGCUGCCACCACUAUUGCUGCUGCUCUGGAGGCGGGAUGGGGUGGAGAGUGGGAGGGAGGCCAAGGGUGGCUUUACCCUACAGGUGCAGCAGCUGGUGAUUGUGCAGGAGGGUCUGUGUGUCCAUGUGCCCUGUGACUUCUCCUAUCUGGAAGGCUGGACUGACUCGGACCCAGUUUACGGCUACUGGUACCGGAAAAGGGCCACUGGAAGCCAGAACACUUUGGUGGCCACAGAUGACCCAUAUCUACAAGUGCAGGAGGCAGCCAAGGGCUGAUUCUAUCUGCUUGGGGACCCCCAAGUCAACAGCUGCUCCCUGGACAUCAGAGAUGCCAGGAAGAAGGACCAGGGGGCAUACUUGUUUAGGGUGGAGAGAGGAGAUUUAAAAGGGAGUUAUGCUUUGAACCAGCUGUUUGUGCAGAUGGCAGCCCUGACACAACCCCCUCACAUCCACAUCCCAGGGCCCCUGGAGCCUGGCCGUCCCAGCAACCUGACCUGCUCUGUGCCCUGGGCCUGUGAGCAGGGGACGCUGCUCAUCUUCUCCUGGAUGUCAGUUGCCCUCACCUCCCUGGGCCCCAAGACCACCCUCUCCUCAGUGCUCACCCUCAUCCCCCAGGCUCAGGACCAUGGCACCAACCUCACCUGCCAGGUGACCUUCCCUGGAGCUGAUGUGACUGUGGAGAGAUCCGUCCAGCUCAAUGUGUCCUGGAAGUCAGGGCCCACAGCAGAGGUGGUGCUGGUGGCCAUCGAGGAGGCAGCUGUCAAGAUCCUGCUUCUUGGCCUCUGCCUCAUCUUCCUCAGCUGUCCCCUCUUCACCCCCUUCUCUUCUCUGCUGGCUUGUGGGAGCCUAGGACCCUCCACCUCCUAUGAGAUGCUGCUGCCCCUGAAGCUGCCCCUGCUGUGGGCAGAGUAA